UUCCAUAUUUACGAGACUAUACUCCUGCCUGUAUGUCAUAAGGACCACUGGUUCCUUAUGAUCGCCAAACCCAAACAACAGGAACUGUACAUCUAUGAUUCGCUACAUAGUAUUGAGAGAUCAAACAUGUUUGCAAAACAUUGGAGGCAAUUCCUCAUUGCUCGUGGUCAAGCUCUUGGAAUGGCACCACAGGAGUGCACUUUGAUGGAGUCUCCUUGCUCGAGGCAAGACGACGGUCAUUCAUGUGUAGUCUUUGUCAUGAUGAAUGCAGCUGCAGUUUUUGCAAGGAGAAAUCCGUUGGUGAUAAGACAAUGUCAUGUUAACAACUACAGAGUUUUUGUAAGAGAACGACUGAUCCAUGCUGAAUUGUGAAUGUGUCUAAAUCUGAUAACAAAAAAAUCAUUCAGACCCCUUUUUAUGGAGUUGUUGCCCUUUGUUGAAAAACUAUUGUCCUGACAACUCUUCUAAAAACUCUGGUCUAAUCGUCCAUACAGCUUCUCCUAAGAUACUGGGUCGAUUAUAACAAUAGUUGACAUUGUGCAUCUAGGAAGUAGUAUUUCUACAUUCCAACCUUUUUUUAACAGCGUUAUAGCCCCUUGUAGAAAAAUCCUUGUACAGGAAUCUGUGUAUUUGUAUGUCAAAGGGAUGAAAACUUUUUUUUUUGUAUUAAUAUUUAUUGUCGAAUGAAUACCAAAGUAUACGUGUUGUUUUGUGUGAAUUUAUAUUUAUUGUAGAAUGAAUACCAAGUAUAAGUGUUGUUU